AUGCGCAUCACGGAACUCAUCAUCGACGGCUUCAAGUCGUACGCCGUGCGCACCGUCAUCUCACAAUGGGAUGCCACCUUCAACGCCAUUACGGGUCUGAACGGUUCAGGAAAAUCCAACAUCCUCGACGCCAUCUGCUUCUGCCUUGGCAUCGGCCGCUUCGAGCUCCUCCGCGCCAAUGGCGGCGCCAGCGACCUCAUCUACAAGCGUGGCCAGGCGGGUAUCACCAAAGCCUCGGUCACGUUGGUCUUCGACAACAGCGACAAGCCCAAGUCCCCGAUCGGGUUUGAGGACUAUGCUAGUAUCUCGGUCACGCGACAGAUUGUGCUGGGUGGCACGAGUAAGUACUUGAUCAACGGACACCGCGCCCAGCAACAGACGGUGCAAAAUCUGUUCCAGAGCGUGCAGCUGAACAUUAACAAUCCCAAUUUCCUGAUCAUGCAAGGGAAGAUUACGAAAGUGUUGAAUAUGAAGAGUACCGAGAUCCUCGGCAUGGUGGAGGAAGCGGCAGGUACGCGUAUGUUUGAGGAUCGGCGGGAGAAGGCGCUCCGGACGAUGGCGAAGAAGCAGGCGAAAGUGGAGGAGAUCGAGGGGUUGUUGAAGGAGGAGAUUGAGCCGAAGCUGGAUAAGUUGCGGAAUGAGAAGCGGGCGUUCUUGGAGUUUCAGAGCACACAAAGUGAUUUGGAGAGAUUGACGCGGCUGGUGGUGGCGUAUGAUUAUGUCAAGAGUAAGCAGAAGGUGCAGCAGAGCGCGGCUGAUUUGGCAGCCAAGCGGGAAAGACAGACGGGUAUUGAGGAGAGCAAAAACAAGCUGGAUCGCGAGAUUGGGGUGCUGGAAGAGGAUAUGGAGAAGGUGAGGGCUGCACGUGACAAGGAGCUUAGGAAGGGUGGCAAAUUUGCGAAGCUGGAAGAGGCUGUGAAGGAGCACUCGCAUGAGCUGGUACGACUAGCGACUGUCCUGGAUCUCAAGAAAGCUGCCAUGAGCGAGGAGCAGGAUCGACUGAAGAAAGCACAGGCGAGCGUGAAGGACCUGGAGAAGCAGCUGAAGCAGAGAUCGCAAUCACACAAGCAGCUGCAAGAACGUUUCGAGCAGUCCAACCAAGAAGUCACGCAGCAGAAAGCUGAAGUCGAGCAGAAGGAGGAGCUGCUCCAGACAUUACAAACAGGUAUCUCGUCCAAUGCCGGGUCGGAUGGUGGUUAUGCUGGCCAAUUAGCAGCUGCACGGGAGAAUUCCAGCAAAGCCGGUACCGAGAUCGAACAAGCGAAGAUCAAGAUUAACCAUCUCGAGGGCCGGAUCAAGGAGGAUGAGCCGCGGGCGAAGAAGGCUGAGAAGGAGAAUGCGGGUCUGCUGGGUGAUCUGCAGCUUCUGCGCUCGCAGGCCGGGAAGCUGGAGAAGGAGUUGGAGAGGCUUGGCUUUGAGCCAGGGCGGGAGGAGGAGCAGCUGGCUGAGAAGGGUCGUUUGGAAAAGCGUAUACGGGGGUUGCAAAGUGAGGCGGAAGCUCUAAAGCGGAAAGUGGCUGGACUCGACUUCUCGUACUCCGAUCCUGCGCCUAAUUUCGACCGGAGACGAGUCAAAGGUCUGGUCGCACAACUCUUCAACUUGCCAGAGGAUAAGACAGAAGCAGGUACCGCGCUGGAGAUCUGUGCUGGAGGCAGAUUGUAUAAUGUUGUCGUCGACUCUGCUGAGACUGGUACCCAGCUGCUGCAGAAUGGCAAGCUUCGGCGAAGAGUGACCAUCGUGCCUUUGGACAAGAUUGCAGCUUCGAGAGCGCCGGCUGGUAAGGUGGCGGCUGCGCAGAGAUUGGCGCCGGGGAAGGUGCAUCUGGCGUUGACAUUGAUCGGCUACGAGCAUGAGGUCGAGAAGGCGAUGGAGUAUGUCUUUGGCAAUACGCUCAUCACCGCCGAUGCUGCGACGGCGAAGAAGGUCACUUUCGAUCCUUCGGUACGGCUGAAGAGUGUGACGGUCGAAGGCGAUGUAUAUGAUCCCUCUGGUACACUAUCUGGUGGUUCAGCGGCUCAGGGCAGUGGCGUGCUGUUGACGCUACAGAAGCUCAAUGCCAUCACGGCGGAACUCGAGCAGGAGCAAGAGAAGCUGCAGAAGCUGGAGCGGGCGAUGGCGAAGGAUGCGCAGAAGAUGAAGUCGGCGCGGCAGAUCAAGCAGGAGUCGGAUCUUAAGGGUCACGAGAUCCAACUUGCUGAGUCGCAGAUCGCUUCCAAUUCCUCCUCGAGUAUUAUUGCGAGCGUGGCCGAGAUGAAGGAGACCAUUACUGCAUUACGGGAGAGGAUCAAAAACGCCGAGCAACGACGAAAAGAAGCUGAGGCGGAAGCCAAGCGAGUAGAAAAGGACAUGAAGGACUUCUCCGCCAACAAAACCGGCAAGCUGGACCAAUUGCAGAAGGAAGUCGAGAAGCUGAAGAAGACCCUGAUGAAAUCCCAAGCCAGCAUCAAACCUCUGCAGCAAGAAAUGCGAGAUGCUUCCAUCGAAGCCGAACAGACUGGUGCCGACCUCGCCGCCGCGCAGGAAGAACUCUCAGACGCGGAGACGACACUGGAGGGCCAUAGCGAGGAGAUGGCCGAGCACGAGCGCGAACAAAGCACCGCCCAACUCGUCCACGACGAAGCGCAAGCCCACCUCAACGACGAAAGAGCCAAGCUUUCGGGUUUCGAUGCGGAGAUAGCCGACCUCUCACGCGCCAGCAAAGAGAAAACCCAGCAAAUUUCCGACGAGAAGUUGGAAGCGCAGAAACUAGGCCAUCUGAUCGAUAACUUCGCCAAAGCGCAACAGGUUUCCCAGACCGCGUUGACGGUGUUGGAGAAGGAACACGAUUGGAUCCACGAGGCGGCCUCCUCGUUCGGGAGGCAGGGGACCCCGUAUGACUUUUCCGGCCAGAAUAUGGGGGAGAGUAAGAACAAUUUGAAGCUCGUGACGGAGCGCUUCCAGAGUAUGAAGAAGAAGAUCAAUCCGGCCGUUAUGGCUACGAUUGAUAGUGUGGAAAAAAAAGAAGCGGCGCUGAAGUUGAAUAUGCGGACGAUUAUCAAGGAUCGCCGGAAAAUCGAGGACACGAUUGGGCAGUUGGAUGAGUUUAAGACGGUGGCGUUGGAGAAGACGUGGAGGAAGGUGGAUGAGGAUUUUGGGGCGAUUUUUAAUGAUUUGUUGCCGGGGAAUACGGCGAGGUUGGUCCCGGCCGAGGGGAAGAGCGUGGCGGAGGGGUUGGAGGUGAGGGUUUGUUUGGGGAAGGUGUGGAAGGAGAGUUUGACUGAACUGAGUGGGGGGCAGCGAUCUCUCAUCGCUCUCUCCCUCAUCCUCUCCCUGCUCCAGUAUUCCCCCGCCCCGAUGUAUAUCCUGGAUGAAGUCGACGCGGCGCUCGAUCUGUCGCAUACGCAGAAUAUUGGGCGGUUGAUCCGGACGCGGUUUCGUGGGAGUCAGUUUAUUGUCGUCAGUUUGAAGGAUGGGAUGUUUGGGAAUGCGAAUCGGAUUUUUCGGACGAGGUUUAUGGAUGGUACGAGUGUGGUGCAGGUGCUUGGGGCGGCGGACUUGAGAUGA